UGGCUGCAUUAUCCUUUUAGUUCAUAUAUUUGUAUCUAAUCUAAUUCCAUGCUGAGUCAUUUAAUCAUGUACUGCAUCUUUUCCUCUUGAAGCGCACAAAGUCUCCGUCACAUGAAACAUGCUUUAUAAACACGGGUGGAAGUGUGACACUGCCACUCGUCUUUAGAAGACGUAAUAACCUCUGGAUGAAUUCACAUCUCGUGUGUUCCCCCCUCUUUACGUUGCUGUGGGACAGAUAGAGGACCGACUGAGCGGAUCCAGGACCUGAGCUCCAUGUUGUUGUGGCAGCAGCAGCUGGGUCGGUUCUCCUUUAAGAAAGUGACAGCAGCCAGCGGUGGAGGAGCUGCUCAGGAGCUGCCAGGAGCAGGACGGGGCAGUGAAGGCAUCUCCAAACUUUCCCAACACACACUGAAGUGCUCCCUUUGACUGUUUCCUGCCGUCUGUGGCUUGGAUGUGUCAACAGUCCCACGCGCGAGCUUGUCGGUGAUGAAGCGGAUGCCACUGACGAGGACGUGACGGGGAACAUGCGAGAGGAAAAAGUUGUGGAAUGAUGCCCGAGCGACUGCAUCCCUCCCUCCAAAGUUCAGCUAAGACCUUCUGGUGGCCGUUCGAUCCCAAUUUGGAGCCGUCUUGCAUUAUUAUCAUCUCCACUGUUCAUCACCCAUAACCACGAGGGCCCUGCAUCUUGGAUGAAGAGGCGACUGCCGGGAUGAAGGUGACGGUGACGUUUGGGCAGACAGGGGUGGUGGUGCCCUGCAAGGAGGGCUGGACUGUGAGGGAACUCAUCCAGCAAGCCACGCAGAGAUACAGAAAACUGCUGGAACAGGAAGGAGAUUUCAUGGUUCGGACUCACCAUGUUGAAUACUGUGAUGGGGGGAUUCUGGACCCUGAUGAUAUUCUCAGCGAUCUGGUGGAAGACAAAGACAAGCUGAUGGCGGUGUAUGAGGAACAGGAAGCCCAGCAGAGGGGCGUGGCUAACACGAGCCUAGCCCCCAGCCCUGAACUCUACCAGUCGGAGCUCUCGGCCUUCCAGCCAAUUGCAGGAGGAGAGAUAGAAGUCAAUUCUUCAGUGCUCAAGUCCAACACCCCCCUGCUGGUGAGAAGUAGCAGUGAGUCAGCCCUCAGCCCCCAGCUGACAGAGACAGAACCCUCCCUCAAUGAAGACUCCUCUGAGAUGGCAGCUGGUCCCGCCGUGGAGAGGCCUGUAGGGAUGGACCGAGCCCAAGGCAAACACGCCUUCAGUAGCAGCCUGACCAGAACAGUGGAGAUCCUGGGAGAGGACAGUCCCCUGGGCAUCCAUGUGGUUCCUUACUGCUCAUCACUCAGUGGACGGUCCCUGGGUCUGUUCAUCCGUGGAGUGGAGGAGGAGAGCCGGUCCAGAAAGGAGGGCUUGUUUCAAGUCGACGAGUGCAUCGUCAAGAUCAACAACACCAACCUCAUGGACAAGACAUUUAGCCAAGCCCAGGAAGUCUUUCGUCAGGCGAUGCGUUCCCCAGUCGUCCGCCUGGAAGUAGUUCCCUCCUCCAACAAAGAGCGUUAUGAAAAAAGUCUGAUUGGUCAGCUGUUUGGCAACAGCGCCGGUCCUGAUCACAGCCCCAGAAUUGCCAAGACCAAAGAGCCGCCACCGCCCAUCAAAGCCAAACCUGUGUUUAAGCUCCCUGAGAAUCCAGCCAUGCGACUGGCAGAGGAAGCUGCUACUCUGGACACUGCUGUCUCUACCCCCAAAGGGAGGAGCGAGAGCCCCCUUCUUAAGAAAAGUCCUGCUCUCUCCAGCUUGGUGGCCAAUAAGAGAGGAGGACGAAGACUGAGGAUCGAUUUAAAGAAAGGUUCAGAAGGUCUCGGUUUUACCGUCGUAACCAGAGACUCUUCAGUUCAUGGUCCUGGUCCGAUUCUUGUUAAGAACAUUUUGCCACGUGGAGCCGCCGUCAAAGACGGACGCCUGCAGUCUGGAGACCGCAUACUUGAGGUCAACGGUGUAGAUAUUGCAGGCGUGGGCCAGGAGGAGUUGGUGUGUAUGCUACGCAGCACUCGGCAGGGAGAGAGUGUGUGCCUGGUGGUCCUGCGGCAGGAGGAUAUGUUCCUGCCCAGAGAGAUGGAGGUGUCCCGUGUGCCAGGCUCUGUUUCGGAGAGUGGAAAGGAGCAGCUCAUGUUCGAGGUUCCUCUAAAUGACACUGGCUCGGCAGGGCUCGGCAUCAGCCUCAAAGGAAACAAGUCCAGGGAUACGGGAGAGGAUCUGGGAAUCUUCAUUAAAUCCAUCAUACAUGGAGGGGCUGCAUACAAGGAUGGCCGUCUGCAUAUCAAUGACCAGCUGGUAGCUGUGAAUGGAGAGACGCUGGUAGGACGCUCCAAUCAUGUGGCCAUGGAGACUCUCCGCCGGUCUAUGUCCCAGGAGGGAAACGUCAGAGGGACCAUCCAGCUGGUGGUGCUGAGGACUUUGAAGGAUCAACACGGUGUGUCACCCAAUCGCUCCUUUGACGGCUCCUCUGGUCUGUCGGGAGUGAUGAGACCAUUGAACGGUCACACAGGAUUGGUCAAUCAUUCCAACGGCCCCAUCCACCCUCCCCACACUCUCUAUGGGUCUAACGUGCCCAAUGGGAGUUAUUCUCACAUGGACGAGGAAGACGAGGGCGAACUCUACGGACACGAGGAGUUCAUGAGCUCUACACAACACCCGUCAUACCUACAGGAAUGGGGAGACUCUCACAUCUCAAGCCAGGCUCAGCCCCAGUCUCCCGGCCAGAACCAGAACCAGAACCAGAGCCAGCGACAGUUCCAGCAUGUUAAGGCCUCCAAGAGCAUGGACCUGGGUACGACUCAGAACCAGCAGCACACUGUGGCUGAUGAGAGCAACGUAGGAUCACUGGUCGUAAACACUGCAGCUCCAUCGAGUCCCAUAGAACUUGGACCCACCCUUGGCCUGAAGAAAUCCAGUUCAUUGGAGAGUCUCCAGACGGCCAUGUCAGAGGUGAACAGGAAAAACGAACUCCUCCCAUUCCACCGUCCUCGCCCAAAUAUGGUCAGGGGAAGAGGCUGCAACGAGAGCUUCAGGGCAGCUAUCGAUAAAUCCUACGAUGGGCCACCUGAAGAUGACGACGAUGAUGGUUCGGACCCGAGCUCAGGCCGUGACACCCCUGCAAGCAGUUCAUCUCGCCAGGGACUGGGGGAUCAGAUAGAAGAGAAGGGCAAAAAAGACAAGAAAAAGAAGGCCAAGACAAAGAAGAAAGAGAAGAACAAGGGAAAAGGAAAAGAGAAAAAGAAAGCGGAGGAGCCCGAAGAGACGGAGAAGAAGAGCAAGAAAAUAGGAUUUGGGCUUCUGAGAUUUGGGAAGAAAAAAGAGGAGAAGAAGGAGGCGAAAGCUGCACUGCAGCGACAGAAGUCCGACAUCCUGACUGAUCAUGAAUUUGAGAGGAUGAAAGAGGAGAGAGAAAGAAUUGAGGCAGGGCAUCCUGAGCUGCGAGAGAACCAGCAAGGUGGCGGGUCCACGUAUCCAGAUGUUGAGGAUGAUGAAGCAGAUCCCAACUACGCCAGAAUACAAAACUUCAGGGAUCGCGAGAUGGGUCCAGUUCCGCAGCCACAGUCUCAGUCGCCUCCCUAUAAUACAAUUCAGCACAGCCAUGCUCACACUGCUUCCCCGCAAAACCCCUCUGCCUUUCCCGGACAUGGAAAUCAUGCUAACGACCCUGGAGCCGUCCCUGAUGAUGACCACAUUGACAGGCUGUAUGCCAAGGUCAACAAACCGAGGGCAGCUGGGUCUACCUCUCCUCCUGCGUCUGCCGCUGUCAAUGACAGCAGUCUGGACAGGAUCCAGCAGCUAAGAAGAGAGUACCAGCAGGCAAGGAGAGAAGGAAUGGUACCACCUUAUGAGGAACUGGACCAACGACGCAGAGGGCAUGAAAACGACGCGCACAGGAUGCCAGGCAGAGGGGCAGAUCCUCGGUUGGCACCACGUUAUGAAGAGGUGGAGCGUCAAUAUGCCUCCUUACCAAGAAGGGGUCCGUUGGAUCCAGCUGACUACCCCAUGCAGCCCUGGUCAGGUCAUUACCCCGGACCUCCCCAGGCCCCACAGGGUUACCCUCAGUCCAUGUCCUACCCUAAUCCCAACUCCCAGCCUGCUCCAUCUUACUCUGGCUACCCACCUCCUGGCCAGCCAUACCCACGUCCAGGUGACCCACGGGGCAUUGACCCUGGCUUCUACCCUCACCCAAGCUCACAGCAGAGAGGACCCUUGCGGCAGGACGUGCCACCGUCUCCCACCCCUCCACUUCGGGGACUACGGUACGACACUAUGAUGCGUGGAACUGGGGGUGGAGGCUACAGGCACCUGGUGGAUCCUGGUCCUGACCAAUAUAGCUACACUGUGGAGGUAGGAAGACAGCAACACCAAACCAACCCAAGACAGAAGAAUGCCAUGACUGCAGCUGUGUAGACCAGUCACGUCCAGAGAUGAAAAAUAAGCAGAAUGCUGAUCACUCUCAAUUGUGCAGCUCCUCUGCUUUCACUGCUCUAAUGAAACAGAGUCAAAACCUCUUAAUGGUGCGAAUCACCAUCAUUAUCAUACAUUGUCUAGUCUUGUUGAAAAGUAUAUGGUUUUACACAGACAAGCAAGGGGGUUAAUUAUAGAGUAGCUGGCGUAAUGCAUAAUGUCUUCAAUUGCUUUGAGGUUUCCCAGAGUGUAAAAUUAGCAGGGCUUUUUGCUUUUCACUAUACUGUGAUUAAUUUGUCCCUUUCUAGAAGUCAGAGGCUCAGGUAAUUGGAUCCAUUUAAAUUAAGCCACCAAAGGCAUAAAUACAGCUCUGCACUAUCAUAUUGUAGCUGUCAGUUUCACUACUGCUGCUCCAACAAGGCAAAAGAUAAAAUACCCUAAAAAGAGCAUGCAGUAGCACACUAACCUUAGUUUUGUGGCCGUUCACAUGCUAAAGCAAGAACUUUCAGUGAGAAAGUCAAAUUUAAUGUCGGGUCUAAAACAGUUCAUGUUGAAAUGUGAAUGGGGGUCUUUUAGUUUUUCCCCCAAGGCCAAGUUGAGAUGAGGACGACAGUCAAAAUGACCCCGUGUUCCCAAACAGUGUGGGCAACAACAAAUUAGUGUGAAGAUAACAUUCUUUGCUAUGUUGGUAAUAGUUGCUGAAACAGAAGCGUUGUGCAGAAAGACAGUUUAUCCCUCCAAGCCAAAUCACUAACAAAAGCUCUACAUAGCAUCAAGAGUCGAUGGCUCCUCUGCUGAAUGAAGUGCUCCUUUUGACACCGUUUUAAUUGUUGAAGUGCACCAUAGCACAUUAGAGCACUGUAUGAAUUAUUAUUUCUGUGUCAUUUUAUGCUUUUAAUAAUAAUAUGAUUGCCUUCAUUUUUAUCCAAUGUAUUUCUCUUAGAUAUGAGUUUAAAUACAUUCACAAGACAGUACUGGACUAGGUUGAGUCUGAGCCUGAAACCCUCCAGCUCACAGGACUUGAACAGCCCUGCUCCUGCAUUAAAAUGAUCCUAGGAUAUUAGCAUUUCAGACCACAUUACAUUACAAUGAUAGAUCACAUCUUUAUGUUUUUAUAUUCCAAAACAAGUGUUUGACUGAAGGUUUUUCUAUGGACAAUUAACUUUAUUUAAAAUGACCCCUCUUGAAUGUAUUAAAACAAAAAGUCUCAUUUCCAUCUAGUUCAUGUAGUCAACCAUAGACUGUAUAUAAAGAUGGACGACACGUCUCCACAUCCUCCUAUAAUCCAGAAAUGAAGCUAAUUAGCUAAUGAAGCUAAUCUUGAGCUGAUGACGUCUCAGCUGUCAAUCAUCACGUUUUCAUCCCAUUUUUUUUAUUUUUAUAGCUUUAGAGGAAUCUUGCUGGAAAAUAUGAGCACUUGAACAAACAGUAUGUGAUAAGAACUACAAUAAUUUACAGAAACCAUCUUUGAGAAAACUAUAUUCGACAUGUAGGCUACUCUGACAUUUUAUUUUGGUCACAUCCACUAUUAUGUAGGAGGCGGGAUUCAUGCCCUAUGCUGCAGCCAGCCACCAGAGGCCGAUCAAUAUGCUUCGGCUUUACUUUUGGGGAGCCGCAAUGUCGUCCAUCUUUAUUUACAUUGUAAACUUCUGUGUAUUGAAUCAUUUCACAAUCAUCUGAGUCUCUGCUGAGUUUUUGGUUUUCUAUCCGACAUAUGAUUGACAAAGUUUGAUCUGAAUAAUAAUAUCAACCUAUAAGCUUUGACAUUAGUGAGGAAGCUCUGCUCAGAACAAGAUGAUCAUUUAAAUGUAGACGAUACACAAACCAAAGCUUUUUCAUGCUGCCUUGUCCUUCACUCAGAUUAACAGUACACGUUUCAAAACACAAAACAAUUGAUUUAUUCGUAACAGUGCUAGAACUUAACAGACAGCAAAUUAAGAUAGGCAGACAAAUGAACCACUUGAGAAAGAUAAUUGCAGAAGCGUUUAUUUUGUAUAAAAUAUCACACCACUACAGUGCACUGUCUUGAACUGAUGUGUGUACUAAUUGCGUUUAAAGUUUGAGCUGGACGUGGAGCUGAGUUGCAGAUGUCAGUUCUGUCUGUUUCAGGCAGUGGAGGUUGUUCUGUUUUUGUGCAGGUGUAAAACUGACCAGCUGUCAAGCUCACUUUCACUCAGCGUUACUCAACAGCCACGUCCUCCCUGUGUUUUCCGUGUAUGACAUGUACUGCUAGCCCUAGUUGGGCUGUGAAGGAUGCUCAUUGCACAUCUCUAUGACCUGGUGGUGUAGGCGUCACUGUGCGCUGAAGUGCACACACGUCUCGUUGAAACAAGAAUUGGGCAUCAGAGUGCUCAUCUCACUGCUGCACCAUAGAGUAUAUCCAUUUAGCCACUUACUGAGCAAUCAGCUAAGUGUAACUGAGAUUAAACAUUUCUGUGUUCCAUUCCACAAAGCUCCGCAGUAUUAACUUCAGUGUUUUAAAUGACAUUUCCAGAUUUGAUGAAUUGCGUCUGUUAUUAAGAAUGAGGAUGAAAUACCACUAAAGGAUGAAUGUUGAGAGUAAUUUGACUGAAACCCAUGUAAAAGAAUGUGAAGUAGAGAAUGAAUACGCUGCUGUGUGCUUGUUUGUUAGAGAAAUAUGGAUGAUUGAGUAGAAAGAAGGAUGUAGAUUAAAAUAAUUUAGAUAGGGAAAAUAGUGAAAGGUGCAAAGAAAGAAACAGAUGUGAGGAUAGGUAGAGAAGUGAAGAAGGAAAACUGAAACUAAUGGACUCUGAAAGAAAAGAGGGAUGAUGGUAAAGAGGAGGACGAGUAAUAGAUUGAAGCCGAUGAAGGGAGGGGAGAGAAAUGGUAAAAAACUGAUGUUGUGCAAGACCCCAAUGAAAAAGAGGAGAGGAAACAAAAAGAGUAAAGAAUGUAAGAGUGUAAAAAUGUGGGCAAUGCUUGCUCUGCAGUUGGGGGGGGGGCUAUGUACUCAUAUUGACUGAAUGUAGUGACUUUAGUAUUUCCUUACAAAUAUUUGUCUUUUUCUCCCUAUUGUCACUUUUAAUUCUUCUUCAUUCAUUCAAACUGUCCAGUGAACACACAAUAAUGAAUCACAUGAGACUGGCAAACUCGUCUGUCAAGUAUAGAGAACUGACACCAAAAUAAUUCACAUGCCCAUCGUUCAUUCUUGUACGUAGCAUAUAGAAGGUUUGUAGUCCAACCUCCACAUCGAUGAGUGGUAGAGUCGGGUGUACAACGUUACCUCAAACAAAACUGCUAGUUGGGUGGUAAAUGCUCUAAUCUAAUGUAGCCUAAUUCAUUAAUUAAUCAAAGUGUAAAAUCACUUAAGUUAGGACUGAAUGGAGAAAAGGUAAAUAGCAUAUACAACACCAUAAGAAAAAUAUGGUGAUCUUUUAUAUACCUUGGACCCACUAGGUGUUGAUUUACAACUAUUAAUCUACACUUCUGAGCUUAAAUGUGUGACUCUGACGCCAUUAUACCAAAAAAAGAGUCUUGUUCAUUUCGAAAGGUUGUAUUGUUACUUAUUUACCUAUUAAUAGUCUUGUAUGUGUUUCAGUAUGUUAAAGCCAGAGCACCAGGGGAAAUCUGGAAUGGAGUUUAUUCCAAAACACAAGCUCGACCAAUCGUGAGUCAGUCUCAGCUGUCAGAGUGUGAUUAGAACUUCCUAAAAUGACAGAAACCAUCUCUGAGAAAAACGUUUUUGACUUGUACUUUGACUUUUUGUUUGGUCCACGUAACAUUCAGUCAUUUAUCUUUAUAAACAUUCUGUGGUUUAAAACAAAAUGAAGAGAAAGCGAGGCUGGAGGACAUCUUUUCUAACUGCGUGGGUGAGCAGUACACUGAACUUUGCAUGAAGGUGUUUUACUGUUACUCCUCUAAUAUUAGUACACAUUUCACAUAUAUGUAAUAUUUAACAUGUUCUUUUUAAUGGUAGUUGGGGUUGUUGGUUGGUAUACUGGAGCCACAUAAUGUUUGGUUGCUCUAACCAUGCUACUGUAAGAACGACAGAAUAGUUUAGAUCUCUCUUCCUUACAGAUUCAAUUCAUGUUGGUUUUAGUGUUUGAAAAUGACCUGCAAGAAAUUUAAAACUCAUUAUUUCAAAAUUGGGUAAAACAAACAAGACGUUGUGGUGUAGCAUGGUUAGAGAUACUGAACUUCUGGUAUGUAUUGCUCUCUGGUUUUUGUCAGUACAGGAUGAGUUGCACAAGAUGAAGGUACGAACCAGAGCCGUCUUGAAGAGUGCUGGUACUCCUGGUUCUCCUUGUACAGAGACCAGGGAAUGAAGGAUCCAACUAAAUAACCUCUCUGUCGUACAAGUAUAAAGUUUUUAUUACACUGAUUGUAUCCAAAAAUUGAAAAAAAUGCUUUUUAUAAUGUUGUAACAAUAACAAUGAUUUCUAUUAUUGUU